AUGGACCGAUCAUUGAAAUGUUUCACUAACUGUCUGCUUUGCAUCUCGGGAGAAUUGGUGGCUCAAGAUCUGUACUUUAGCACUGAGCAAGGCACCAUCACGCCCAACUACUACUUUCGGCAAGAAGGCGUCGAGAGAAUAGAUCUCGGUGGCAAAAUCAUUGCGCCCGGAUUUCUAGAUCUGCAGACCAACGGGAUGAAGGGUGUACAUUUUACGCAACUGGCCCUUGGUGAUGGUCCCGAGACCGACGAAGGCAAGUUGGAAGCCGUCAGCAAAAUGGAAGUUCGCCAUGGGGUGACGGGCUGGUGGGCAACAGUUCCUACGGUAGACAAGGACCGGUGGAAGCAGAUAGUACCACUGUUGAAACCACAAACAUUUGACUCGGGCGCCAACUUGCUAGGCGCACACGUCGAGGGACCGUAUCUCAACGCCUCGAAGAAAGGAGCGCAUAACGCUGUCUACCUUCAAGAACCUACGCAGAUAUCUCCGUCUGACUUAUAUGGCGAGGGCAAUCUCAGGCUCGCAAUCAAGCUGAUCACACUGGCACCAGAGCUGCCCGGGUCAACCGCGCUCGUGGGCUAUCUGCAGGAAGAAUACCCUCACAUUGUCAUCUCUUUGGGACAUUCAGCGGCAACUUAUGAAGAGGGGUUCGCUGCUCUGCAACUGGGUGCUCGAGCAUUGACACAUGUCUUUAAUGCAAUGCUGCCUCUCCAUCAUCGCAAUCCUGGGCUUGCCGGACUGAUGGGAACCGGUAAAUGCUACUACUCGAUCAUUCCAGACGGAAUACACCUGCACCCUUCAGUGGUAACCCUUUGUCUGCGGACGGAUCCGAGAAAAUGCAUCUUUAUCACGGACAGCAUUGAACUUGCUGGCCUGCCCGACGGCGUACACGACGGGCACGGACAGAUCGCACGGCACCAGCUCAAGCAAGGCAACAAAGUGACCAUUGAAGGCACAGAUACAUUGAUUGGCAGUUGCUGUACACUGGACGAGUGCGUGCGCAAUGUAGUGGCAUACACCGGGUGCAAUCUCGCCGAAGCUGUGCAGUGUGUUACAGAAAACGUGGCGGAUAUGAUGGGUGAAAGCAAGAGAGGGAGGCUCGAGCCUGGUCGACGCGCCGACUUUGCAGUUCUAGACCAGGAGGGACAUGUUUUGGAGACAUGGAUCGGCGGGAGCAAGGUAUGGUCGAGCUCGUGA